GGAAGAAUGGAGUUUCCAGACCAUAGCCGCCAGUUGCUGCAGUGUCUGAGUCAGCAGCGUCACCAGGGCUUCCUGUGUGACUGUACUGUUUUAGUUGGAGAAGCUCAAUUCAGAGCUCACAGAGCCGUUCUUGCCUCUUGCAGUAUGUACUUCCAUCUUUUCUACAGGGACCAGUUAGACAAAAGGGAUAUUGUGCAUCUGAACAGUGACAUUGUCACAGCCCCUGCCUUCAGCCUGCUGCUCGAAUUCAUGUACGAGGGAAAGCUGGAAUUCAACAGUCUCCCAGUGGAAGAUGUGCUGGCUGCGGCGAGCUACCUUCACAUGUAUGACAUUGUGAAAGUCUGCAAGGGCAAGUUGAAAGAUAAAGAAUUAUGUUCGGAAGAGAAGAUUAAUGAUGAGGCGGCUAGUUUGGAGAAAGCGGAGCAUUUUCUAGACGCCGGAGUGCCCCUGGUCCACGAGUUUGACCCAGGAAACAAACAAAAAUUCAGCGUUGCAGAAUACGAGAGAGCAGCAGGCAAAGAAAAGGUCAGCAGUCACCCCGCCUGGUCCUCUGAUCAUAUAAGUGUCAGCUCUGUGCCGACAGAGGCAGAACCGUGCGCCGCAGCAGCUGGAAAAACAAAGGCUAAUGUCAAUAGUUCCACAGGACCUUUGUCCCAAAGGUCUGUUAACCAUCCCCUGGCUUCAAGUGAUGUGGACUGUGCGCUGGAUUUGUCUUUCAAGCCCGUGUCGGGGAGAGAUUCCUUACACCCCUCCUAUGUCUUUGGACAGCUGGCUUCCGACAGCCAGCAGCAGGGUACCGAGCCACUUGUUAAAGAUGAACAAGACUUGCUGUCAGAUCAGGAGGACAGCGAAGCCAGGAGUCCAGAGAGUCAGCAUUUUGGGAAUUCAGCCAAAAGCCUAGUGACAGGGUUAGGACACAUGUUCGCGGGGAAUGGCAGCUCUCAUGCCCGAGAGGAGGAUAUAGAUCAAGAGCGAGACGAGAGUGAGGACGACAUGGAUUCGUCGGACAUCUCCUCGGGCGUCCUCGUGCCUCCUGGGCAUAUCUGCAUUUGUCCCCUCUGUAGCAAGGUGUUCCCGAGCCCACACAUCCUUCAGCUGCACCUGAGCUCUCACUUCCGUGACAAGGACGGCUCCCGGACCCGCCUGUCCCCCGACGGGUCGGUCCCCACUUGCACCCUCUGCGGAAAGACUUUUUCCUGCAUGUACACGCUAAAGAGGCACGAGAGGACUCACUCGGGGGAGAAGCCCUACACCUGCGGCCAGUGCGGGAAGAGCUUCCAGUAUUCCCACAACCUCAGCCGCCACGCGGUCGUGCACACCAGGGAGAAACCCCACGGGUGCAAGUGGUGCGAGAGACGCUUCACGCAGUCCGGGGAUCUGUACAGACACAUCCGCAAAUUUCAUUGUGGCCUUGUAAAGUCCUUGGUUGUUUGA